CAUCUUGAAGCUAACUGACUCACUUCAACUAAACAUAUUUGUAUUUUGUUUCUUGUAUGAAAAAUAAAUUUCAGUGAUACACAAGAUUUACAUGUGGGCAGUUUGAUGCUGGUCUUUAAAAUCUAUUUUCUGUAGGUGGAUGAACCUGUAGAAGAAUUAUAAGGCCGAAAAUGUAUGAUCUGAUGUCAACCGGUUGGUCACAACAAACCUUCACUAAAUCACUACAAUUUUUCCAGUUUCCCAACUUUAAUAGCAUUAACAUUUUCAGGCAAAAAGAAUAGGUUAACAUGGGAAACAUUAUACUUGUACAGGAAGUACUUGUACAUUGACUGGCAAUUGUUUGGAUCUACAAAUAAUUGUUUGUCAUUUGUCAAGCACCAAAUGACUUCAUCUGUUGGGUAGAUCAAUCAAUAAUGAAAUUAAUCAUUAGAUGCAGCUCUAGUACCACUUCAAACAACCUGUGAAAAUAUUUGCUGACCUCUUGUGGUUUAAUUUCUCAUCUUGCUGCCAGGCUCUAUACCACGACAGGGUACUACGGUACCUUGUGACAUCACUGUUGGGUGUGGUCACAGAUGAAACGAAGCACAAGCUUGAAACUUUCAACCGAGAGAGCUAUCAAAGCACAGCCUGGUCUUAAGUUACUCUAUUACUCUCCCUUCAGAAUCCUCCAGAAUGAUCUUUACUUGUUCGAGAGAGAUCUGGGCCUUUCUCGGCCGCAUGAUUCUGGUGGUCAUCCUUCCUGCAGGGAUUGCCUCACCAAUCGCAGGGUACUGGUCAAGGCAGAGUGACAAUGGAGGAUACGUACCUACUCAACCAUCCAGGGGUGAGGAAGAAGAUUCUGGCUGGGGGCACAGGACCAUUGCCGCACUUUCCACCUGGGACAAAGCUGGUGUUCCACUUCCAGACGCUGUUGGACAACUUUGAGCGGACAGUCAUCGAUGACAGUCGACUGGCCGGCAGGCCUGCUGAGAUCUUUGUCGGAAAGAUGUUCAAGAUGGAGGUCUGGGAGACCCUGCUGACAUCCAUGAGGGUUGGAGAGGUGGCGGAAUUCUGGUGUGAUGCCGUUCACACAGGAUUGUACCCGAUUGUGUCUAAGGGAAUGAGGCUGAUCGCUCAAGGGAAAGACCCCCUAGAGGGCCAGAGACACAUGUGUGGCAUGGGAAACCUGUUCUACUAUCACUCCACCGGCUUCCCAGAGCUGGAUGAGCUGAUGAGAACUCCUCAACCACUUAUAUUUAUCAUGGAACUGUUGCAGGUUGGAGACCCCAUGUCUUACCACAGAGAGUCCUGGAUGAUGGAAAAGGAUGAGAAGCUACAGACUGUCCCAAUUCUCCACAUGCAGGGCAAUGAGCUGGUCAAGCAGAGACAAUUCAGAGAUGCCGCGAGCAAGUACAAAGAGGCUGUCCUGCUGCUGAAAACAGUCCAGUCCAGAGAAAUGCCGGAUGAUAUAGACUACAUUAACUUGGGUCGAAUGAUUAUCCCUCUGGAGUUGAACUACUGCCAGUGUAUGUUGGAGCUGGAGGAGUACUAUGAGGUUAUAGAGCACACCACCGAACUGCUGGGGAAACACAAAGACUGUGUGAAGGGCUACUACAAGCGAGCCAAGGCCCACGCUGCCGUGUGGAAUGAAAAGGAGGCCCGGAGAGACUUCAACAUGGUGGGCAACCUCGACAUCACUCUGGCUUCUCUGGUCCACAGAGAGCUGAGGGCCCUGUCAGAGCGCAUGAAGGUGAAGUACUGGGAGGAGAAGGAGAAGUACUGGAACAUGCUGGAGACGAAGGAGAACAAAGAAGAGGAAGAAGAGGGACAUGAUGAUGAUGAAGAGGAGGAGGAGAAGGAAGAGAUAGAAGACAAAGGAAAACAAGAAGAUAGUGAAAGUGUGACCAGAGAGAGUAAAGAUGAAGUGGGGGAAGAGAAAGGUAAAGAAGAAUCUCCAUCCAAAGAUGAACUUGGAGGAGAUAAAGAAGGCACAGUAAAGGUUACACUGGCUGAGGGAGCAGGUAACAAAGGGGAAGCAAACUCUUCUGAGAUCAAUCCAGAUGCUUUGCCCAAAACUGAGGGGAAGGACUGGCAACAGAUGUUACGACUCGUCAUGUUGCUGCAGAACGAAGGAAACUUCCUGUUUAAAGAAAACCACUUUGAAGAAGCUUCUGUAAAGUUUAAGGAGGCCAUAGAAUAUGUGGACUUCCUUCAAAAUAAGGUGGAUCAAGAAAGCGACGACUGGGAGUCACUGGAGAAAGUGCGUCUUCCGUUGACCCUCAACCUCAGCCAGUGCAUGCUGGAGCUGGAACACUACCAGCAGGUGGUGGAGCUCAUCAACAAGCUGCUGAAGAAUCAUAAAGGUAACUUUAAAGCGGUGUACCAGCGGGCGCUAGCACAUGCCUCUUUGUGCAAUGAGGAUAAAGCUCGGAGGGACUUUGCAAUGGUGGAGAAGUUAGACCCCAAGUUCAAACCUUUCGUCCGCCAGGAACUGAAAAAGCUGGGUGAGCGCAUCCGAACCAUGCACAUCCGCCAGAAUAAAACUUACAGGGACACGACGCAAGCAAAGUGGGGGCCUGGUGGAAGCAAGACCAAGAAAGCAGCAAGAAAGGAGAAUGUCAAAUUUACACAGAAAGCCACAGAGGAAAAAGCUGAAGCAGAUAAGAAGACAGAAGAGAGUAAGACUGAGGAGAGGGAAAGCUCAGAGAAACCUGCCCCUGCUGAGAUAGAUGGAGUGGAUGACACAGAAACAGAGAAAAGUCCAGAUGUGAAGGCAGAGCAAAGUAAUAAAGAGCUAGAGAGUGGGAGAGGGAGUGAAGAGGGAUUAGAUAAUGAAAAUAUAGAGAGUGUUGUGGUUCAUGAGUACGGGCAGGGUGCACCAGAUAAUCGAGCAACAGAUAAAGAUAGCGAUCCCGUGCCCACUAGCACAGGAAAAGAUAAUGUAGUGAGCAAGAGAUCAGCGUGCGAUAAGGGCAAGAAGAAGGUCAAAUGCCAAUCAAGUCCUGCACCGGGCCCAAGCAAAACAAGCCAAGGGAACAAAGCCACCAGUGAUAAGACAGGAAAUGGUGGCACUCAAUCAGAAUAGACCAGUGGGCUGAAAUUGUCUUGUGCAGAGCCAAAAGCCGCAGGGGAAGCGCGAGGGCGGGGAGAUGAAUAGACCUAAAACUGAGAGAGAAAAACAAUAUGGAUGAAGAAGGUGAAAUAGGAGGAAAGAGGAAAGUGAUAAACAGCCAAGCCUCAACUCUCAACAGGAAAUAUUGAUUCUGCCACAUACAAAUCCAAAUAUAAACACAAGAAGAAAAACUCAUGUAAACAGCCCGUAUUUGGCACCAUUCUGAGUUAAGUUUCAUUAUUCAAUUCUCAGAGGGAUAACUGCAAGCACAUAAAAGAAGCACAGGCAGACAGGGAGUUUGCCAAAUACAAAGUUUUUAUUUCUGUACACAAAGAGUAGAAAGCAGCCAGUAACCCACAUGUUAUUACAGUAAAAAGCUUUUCUUCAGAAAACUUUUUAUACAGAUUAAAAACUCCAGAGAAAAGAGCAAGAAGUGUUUUGAGUGCUGGACAAUAACAAAAAAAUCUAAACCCAUUAAACAAUAAAUAUUUGAAUGAUUAAUGAGGUAUAUUAAUGGUGAUUUUAAAACAAAAAACAAAAACAAAAAAAACACCUCAGUUCACCAGUAAUGUAUGAGUGUGUGCAUACGUAUAUGUGUUAGUGUUCCCAACUUCCUUGUUUGAGGUUAGGUGAUUCAUUGCCCUGUCAUGUGGGAGGUGACAUACACACGUGUCCUUGUUAGAAGCUCAGAUGUAUGAUAGCAAAAACACUGAGGGGAGGGUCAGACGUAAAGGCAGUAGAGUAAUGAUGUGGCUUGUUAGCUUCUUGGCUGACUACAUGCAGUUACAGGAGUGUGGAGAACGAUAGCAGUGUCCUCUGGGGUGACUCUUGCCUCUGUGGAGAGCCUUUUUCUUCAAUCACACAGCUUCAGUCGCGCCACAGGGAGCAGGGUGUGUGUGUGUGUUAGUGUGUUAAGUUUGUACACGGAUCCCAACCUCAGAUGAUCACACAGUCAGACAGAGAUGCAGCUGGAUGACUAUGAAAGUCAGUUUAGACGCCGGUGUCAAACAGCAGCAGAGUGAAGCAUGAGGACAAACUGUUGUAUGGUAAUGCAACUCGCUGUCAUUAAACCACCUAGUGGUGUAUUUGUUUCAUUCUGCCUCCUAAAAAUAAAAACAAGAAAUGUUGACAUACAGCCCCGUGGGAAAUGCUUCCUCUUCUUUUUUCACACGCUGUCAGUGUUACAUCAUUUUGUGUACCAACAUACAAAAGUAUGGAGAUCAGAUAAGAGGGCGCUGGGUGAUCAUCAAUGUGUAAUGAGAUGUGUGAAUACCAAUAAAUAAACGUCUAUGAGUAAACA